AUGACUGAAAAAGAGAAACCCCAACAGCCGCCGGUUUAUAUUGGUAUAGAUUUAGGUACAACAUAUUGUAGUGUAGCUAAAUAUGAAAAUAAUAAGCUGGAAACCAUUGAAUUCAAUGGAACUAGCACCAUUCCAUCAAGAGUCUACUACGGCGAAUUCAAUUCAGUUGGCUAUCAAGCUCAACAACAAAUGAAAUUCAAAGAUAAGAUCAAGAAUGUUGUUUAUGAUAGCAAAAGAAUGCUUGGCAAAUCUUACGACCAGAUUAAGGAAGAUAUUCCGAACUGGACAUUUGAUGUCAUAGAAAAAGACUCAAAACCCGUAAUCAAACUAGAUGGAGACAGAGAAAUAUUCCCAUAUCAAGUUUCUGCAACAAUCCUUGAUUACCUUCGUCAACAACUUGAAAAAAAGGGUAUCCCGUUAGAUAAUGUUAUCAUUACAGUUCCUGCUAAUUUUGAUGAAGCAGAAACCACGGAUGUCAGGAAUGCAAUAAAAAUUGCCAAAUUCCCUCAUCCUGAAAAAGUUACAUUAAUCAAGGAACCUUCUGCUGCUUCCAUUUGCUUUGUACACACAGCUAGUACAGCCAAUGCUCGCGCCCUCAUUUACGAUUUCGGUGGCGGCACGUUUGAUCUUUCACUUGUUGAAAUCAAAGGAACAACAAUUGAAGUGAAAGAUAAUCAUGGCGAUCCCCACUUAGGCGGUCGUGACAUUGAUAAUAAAAUUGUUGAUUUAGUUGUUCAGAAAAUCAAGCAACAAUAUUCAAUUGAUGAUCAAGAAAUAGAGAACAUCAAAUACAGUAUUUUGGAGGAAGCAGAAAAGACAAAGAAGGUUUUUUCACCAAGUUUCAGAAUACAGAAGAUAUCCAUCCAAAGUACAGCUAAAGAAAUUCUCGAAGUCACAAUGACCUGCAGAGAAUUCGAACAAAUACUUGAUCCAUUGGUUGACAAGACAAUUGCAUUAGUCGAAGAAAUUCUUAAAAGAAAUGGUGGAAUAGAUAAACUUGACAACAUCAUUCUCGUUGGCGGAUCAUCACUUAUCUAUUACGUGAGAGAUAAACUUGAAGAGAAAUUCGAAGGUAAAAUAUUGGAUUCAGUCAAUCCUUUGAACGCUGUCGCACUUGGAGCAGCUUAUAAAUCUUACCUUGAAUUUAAGCCAAAGAAAGUCUCAGCACCGGUUCUAUGUGUAGAUCCACAACCUGCAGCACCAACUCCACAAGCACCUCCACCAAAUGUUGGACCAACUCCACAACCAAAUCAAUUUAAUGCUGCAAUAACUCCACAACCAAAUCAAUUUGAUGCUACAACAACUCCACAACCAAAUCAAUUUAAUGCUGCAAUAACUCCACAACCAAAUCAAUUUGAUGCUACAACAACUCCACAAACGAAUCAAUUUAAUGCUGCAAUAACUUCACAACCAAAUCAAUUUAAUGCUACAACAACUCCACAACCAAAUCAAUUUAAUGCUGCAAUAACUUCACAACCAAAUCAAUUUGAUGCUACAACAACUCCACAAACGAAUCAAUUUAAUGCUGCAAUAACUUCACAACCAAAUCAAUUUGAUGCUACAACAACUCCACAAACGAAUCAAUUUAAUGCUGCAAUAACUUCACAACCAAAUCAAUUUGAUGCUACAACAACUCCACAAACGAAUCAAUUUAAUGCUGCAAUAACUUCACAACCAAAUCAAUUUGAUGCUACAACAACUCCACAAACGAAUCAAUUUAAUGCUGCAAUAACUCCACAACCAAAUCAAUUUAAUGCUGCAAUAACUCCACAACCAAAUCAAUUUAAUGCUGCACCGACAUCUCAAGCAAGUAAAGAAAUUCAGAGAACAACUUCAACAAAUGCUGUUGGAAAUCAACAACAAUCUGCACCAAGAUAUUCAGGAAUUGUGCGGGCAAAUUCAACGAAUAGUGUAGGAAGUUCACAAUCAACUCCACCAGACGCUGAAGCUCCAACAAAUGAAAUUGUCCAGUAUGAUUGUGUUUCUAUUUCAUAUGGAUUGAGGAUAAGACAAGAGAGAUAUUAUAAAUUCUAUCCAAUGAUUAAGAAAGGAACAAGACUUCCAGCAGGUCCAGUCAAGAAAACAUUCAAAACAGUUGAUGAUUAUGUGGAUUCGAUCGAUUUGAGAAUUUUCCAAGGCAAUGAACAAGAUAUCGAAAAGUGCAAGGAGAUCGGAAAAUAUCUAAUCACAGGCCUUGAAAAGAAGAAGAAAGGAGAGGAACAUGUCGAAAUUACAUUCAUGGUUGAUGAGCAAAACAUAUUGCACCUUUAUCAUUCAAUCAAAGGCAAAGAAAACGAUGCUCAUGAAGAAAAAUACAAUCUCACAGAACUAGAGAACAAACAUGCAACUCUUACAAAUGAACAGAUCGAACAAGCUCGUUCAAUCACAGGAAUGGAUAAAAAAGAUCCAGAAAAUGAACUCCAAGAGUUAGAAGACGUAUUUACUGAAUACCGUUCAAAAGUAAGAGGAGGAAAAUAUCCAGAAGCAUUAAAGGAAGUCAAAAGCAUUAUAGACGUGAUAAUAGAUGCAUAUAAUAUUGAAGAUACAAAAGAAAAAAUCGAAAAAAUUGAAGAAAUCAAAAAGAAAAAGGAAAAAUUUGUUGAACAAUAUCGUGAAAUUAUUGAAAACUAA